UUAGACCACAAUACUUGUUAUUACUACCACUACUAUUAAUUCUUCUAAUAAUGUCUGCCACUAUGUUGCAAGUAGCAGAUGGCCUCCUUGCUUUGCCAGGAGCCAAGCAUCUUCCACACACCUACAAGGAUCCCAUUUCCAAUCUUCCAACCCACCCUGAGGCUCAGGUAUCUGAUAGCUCCAUCCCCAUCAUUGAUCUGGAAGCCCUUCAUGGUCCUCGCCGCUCCGAUAUUGUCAAGCAACUUGGCCAGGCAUGCCAGCACAAAGGUUUCUUUGCGGUGAAGAAUCAUGGAAUUCCAAGGACAACGGUUAGCAACAUAUUCGACACAACAAGAGAAUUCUUUCAUCUGCCAAAGGAAGAAAGAAUGAAAUUCUACACUCCUGACCCUAACAGUGACAUCAGGCUAAUGAAUGCUUAUAAAGAUGAGGUUGCAAAUGUCUUUGUAGCAAGGGAAUCGUUGAAGUUCCAUUGUCACCCUGUUGAAAAUUACGUGAAUAAAUGGCCAACAAAUCCUCCUUCCUUCAGGAAGUAUGCCGCCGAGUAUUUGACAAAUGUGAGGAGGUUGGAGAUAACACUACUUGGUGCAAUAUCAGAGAGCUUAGGCCUGGAAAGAGAUUAUAUAGAGAAGAAAUUGGGUGGACAUUAUGUAUCUUUGAACUACUACGGAGCUUGUGAACAAUCAGAUCUCGAGCUUACUUAUGGAGUGCGUGCCCAUACUGAUCCAACUAUAAUAACUAUUCUAUUGCAAGAUGAUGUGCCUGGACUUCAGGUUCUAAGUGAGGGCAAAUGGAUGGAUGUUAAUCCUAUUCCAGGCACAGUGGUUGUCCAUGUUGGAGAUCUGCUGCAGGCAAUUAGCAAUCAUAGAUUCAAGAGUUUGCUCCAUCAAGCUAUGGUGAAUUGUGAGAAGGAGCGUAUGUCCAUCGCCUCCUAUUGCUAUCCAUCAUCUGAUGCCAUGAUUGGACCUCCUAAGAAGUUGAUAGACAAUGAUCAUCCUGCUGUCUAUAAAGAUUUCACGUUUAAAGAAUUCAGUGAGCAAAUGUGGAAAGUAAUUUCUUUUACUGAUACGCGUUUGGACUCGUUCAAGUGUUCCACUGCCUGACCCUCUGCUUCUGAGAUAGCAUAUGCACUUGUAUAAUAAGAGAGAACAUGUAGCAGUUUUGCUGAAUAAUAAAUAUCUUUUAGUUGCUUUUGGUAAAUAACUAAUUUACACGGCAAA